CUGGCCGAUGCAGCGUUGCAAACACCUGUCUGUGCAGCUGUGUGUACAACCACAGCUGGAUGACAGUCAGUCAGUUGGACUGGACUUGGUGGAUUCUUUUGAAGGAGAACCAGUCCUUUGUUGUCACAGACGAGGCUUCAAUGAAACCAGAACAGUUCUCCGUGGCUCAUUGUGUGCGCCUCUCUCCUGUCUCUGCAGUUCUUCCUGAGACYUCCUCGUUCCUGUUCCACCUGCUGCUUCUGACUGAGCUGUUAGUCCGAUCUUCAUCUCUUCCCAUCCGCAGCUCCUCCCACUGUGGAUUUUUUGGAUCGAUGAUCCACCAGGUGGAAAGUUUGAUGAACUUAUCGAGAAGAAUCCAUCAGCUGAGAACAGAAGAACUCGAACACUUUGAAGAUGCCAAAAUCACUCUGGAUAGCCUUCCUGACUUGUAUCACACUGCUGGCCAUCUUAGGUCACUGAAGGUUAAUGAAUCCCUCACUCAGAUGUACGGAUACACUCAGUCCUUCAAACUGCAUAUCGACUGGUUGAAGGUCGCUAAAGAAAAUGUCAGUUUGCCCUUCCAGACAGAAGAGGGCGCCAGCUCUCACCUCCUGCAAUUGUCCAACCUCAUUGAAAAAUGUCUUCAUCCGCAAAACAAAGAGGCUCUUCCGUCAAUGGCACCCAACCUUCCUGUUGUCUCCAACGCCUUUGAUGCCCUUGUGUACUCUGUAGAAAUUUCUGACAGGUUAAAAGUUUUCUGUGGAUGGUCAAAAAGAGUCUUACGGUUCUUCCAGAAGCAUUCUUAAAAAGAAAAGAAAAGAAAGGCCUUGCAUCCCUUUCGGAGGCGGUCCUGCUAUUCUAGACAACGUAGGGCAUUAAAACAUCUUCCACAAAAAAACCACUGUUAACUCCAGAAUGUUUUUAAGCAAUAUUAUGUCAUGUUAGUGGACUACCUCAAGAUGGCAGCGUUAGGUAAUCUGCUGUGGUGGUGCUGACCCAACCAUCUCAGCAACAACCCAUCGGAUUACUAUGAAAGCUUAAAUAAGGAUAMAAAUACUUUUUAUUAACUUKAUUAUCCACUUUUUUCUAAGCCCGUCUGAAGUUUAGAAAUGUGAUUUUCCAAAAGAUUCCCCAUAUUGACGAGUCUGUGUAAAAACUCAUCAAAACAAAUUCACAAAAAAAAGUAACAUUUUAGGCAUUUUCUUUUUUACUAAAUAGCUGCAAAAAUGUCAAUUUGCUUAGUUUUAUGAACAGAAGUGAAAUAGUGAGAAUAAGGAACCUGUCUGGCAGCUUCAUUCACUCUAGACAUGAUUUUGGUUUGCAUUUAAUGAAAGUAUUUAAAAGAUAUUUUCUAAAUGAUUUAAGAAUAAUUUUACCAUCCUAAUUGAAAAGCUACUCUCUCACUGCGUUGAUGAUAUUAGGCAUCAAUAAUCAUAGAGGAUGGAAGAAAUUAUUUCCUGUGCUUUUUUUCUGCAUUUGCGCCUUUUAUCCAUAUGUGAAAAGUAUUUUUARACAAAAAGUUUUAGAAAUAGAUAAACUCAGAAGAUACAGAAAUUAGAGUCUAUUUUUCUUAGACCAUUUUGCAUUUAUCUAAACAACACCCACGGGAAACAAACAAAUAUGCCCAAGUUCUUAUUAUUUUUCCUGCGCUUCUGCUAUCAUUAUGCAUCAGCUGUGUGCUGUUUGAUUACUAAUCAAUAACCAGAGGUUAAAAAUGUUAGUUUCAGUUGUUUUACCAGAACGUCCAGCCUUACUCAGACUGUUCUUUGCUUGAAUGUAGAACUUUUGCUGAUAAUAACAUCACUAACCAUGAUCAUGGCAUUGACUGUUUCACCAUUUGAUUGAAUGUUUGCCAAACAGAAAGAAAUGUCUGUUUAAAAUGUGUAUGAUGAAUAGUGUUGAUCCAAAGCCUCUUAGUGCUACUGGUAUCAGAACCAUCUCCAUCUGAUGUGACUGAGAUCAGUGGUGAAUUGUUUACAAAGUAUUUUUUUAAACAGGUUGUCAUAUGAAUUUAUUUUAAGAGAAAGCAGAAUGUAGGUUUAUCUCGUAGGCUUGAGGAAAUGUAUAUUUUUCUUUUACAUGUAGCCAUUUGAACUGUAUUCAUGCACUGUGCGAGGUAGUGUCACUUGCGACCUUUAACCCCACUGAGACUGUUUACACUCACAGUGCCUGCCAGGUGUUGAUCAGAUUGAUUGAUAAGAAAUAUGGAUUCUGUAACAACUGUUCUGUUAUAUUUUUUUAACCUAUUUAGAAUGCUAUUUAUCAGUUUUUAUAUUUUGUAUUUCAGCU